AGGAGUGUCUGAAUCGAUUGGCAGGGUCUCGGUGCAGAAGCGUUUGCAAGUCGGUUUGUUUGGGAAUAUUAGGCGGGGAUGCGUGUUGAUUACUGGUAGGCGACGUUUGUUUGGCGUUGUACCCGUUGCAACGUCAAAAUAUGUAGAUGGAGUUCUAAAAUGUCGGUGUAAUAGCCGUUAAGUCGGCGACUUGUUAUGGCCGUUUAAGUUCGUAGUUUGCUUUGUAUAACAUCUGCCGCGUAUAUAAUCGUUCAUCAAUUAGUUAAACAUGGAGGAAGACAGGCCACCCGCAAACAGCAUUGAUAUGCGUCGCGUUCUGAUACAGGCAUUGGGCGGAAUUUCACAAGAAAAGAAGAAAGGCAAACAAGUGAAAAAGCAAGGAAAGCAGCUGAACACUCCUGUAGGAGAACAAAAUCAACGCCGAGAGACUAACACAACCCAAGCAGGACCACACGAAGAACUCGUUGCUGAAGAAUAUGAACAAGAUGGGCCAGUUGAACACGAAAGGCUUGUUGAGCCGACUGAGAAAGACAAGCAGUAUCAACAGGUCAAGUCAAUAGAAAAAGACAAGGUAGCUGAGCAGGAUAACCAGAAUGAAGAGCAAGAGCGUAUGGAAUUUGAGCAGGAAAUGGCUUUUGAACAUGAAAUGGCAUUUGAACCUGACAUUGCAUUUGAGCAUGACAUUGCAUUUGAACACGACAUUGCAUUUGAACAUGAUAUUGCAUUUGAACAUGACAUUGCAGUUGAACCUGACAUUGCAGUUGAACGUGACACUGCAGUUGCGCAGGAAAUUGCAGCUGAAAAGCAAACUGAAGUUCAAAAGAAAAUCGGAGUUGAAAAGGAAAUUGAAGCUAAACAGAAAAUUGCAGUUGAUCAAGAAAUUGCAGUUGAACAGGAAGUUGAAGUUGAACAGGAAGUUGAAGUUGAACAGGACUUUAUAGUUGAACAGGAGGUUGAAGUUGAACGGGAAGUUGAAAUGGAACAGGAUGUUGUAAUUGAACAGGAUGUUGAAGUCGGACAAGAAGUUGAAGUUGGACAGGAAGUUGAAGUUGGGCAGGAAUUUGGAGUUGGACAGGAAUUUGGAGUUGGAGAGGAAUUUGGAGUUGGAGAGGAAUUGGGAGUUGGAGAUGAUUUGGGUGCUGGAUCUGAAUUGGGAGUUGGAGAUGAAUUGGGAGUUGGAGAGGAAUUGGGAGUUGGAGAGGAAUUGGGAGUUGGAGAGGAAUUGGGAGUUGGAGGCGAAUUGGGAGUUGGAGGCGAAUUGGGAGUUGGAGAGGAAUUUGGAGUUGGAGAAGAAUUCGGAGUUGGAGAGGAAUUCGGAGUUGGAGAGGAAUUCGGAGUUGGAGAGGAAUUCGGAGUUGGAGAGGAAUUCGGAGUUGGAGAGGAAUUCGGAGUUGGAGAGGAAUUUGGAGAGGAAUUUGAAUUUGGAGUUGGAAAGGAAUUAGGAGAGGAAUUUGGGGUUGGAGAGGUAUUUGGAAUUGGACAGGAGUUUGGAGUUGGACAAGAAGAUGGAGUUGAAAAGGAAGUAGGAGUUGAACAGGAAGUAGGAGUUGAACAGCAAGUUGGAAUCGAACAGCAAGUUGGAGUCGAACAGGAAGUUGGAGUCGAGCAGGAAGUUGGAGUCGAGCGGGAAGCUGCAGUCGAACAGGAAGUUGCAGUCGAACGGGAAGUUGCAGCCGAACAGGAAGUUGCAGUUGAACAGGAAGUUACAGUUGAACAGCAAAAACAAGAUGAACAGAACAGCAUACCACUACCUUUCGAAUGUAUGCAUGGAUCAGAUGGGGACUGUGUGAAGUGCAGAGCUCUAGCUGCAUUUUUGAAGCAUCCAAUAGAUCCAAAACGUGACAGAAUUGUUUUUGUAGUACCUAGGGAGCUUAAUCCAGUUGUUGGUAGAGCAACAGUAUGUCACAGGGCAAUUUUCCGCAAUUCAAGUUCGCCUGGUUUCUAUUUGCAGUUACCAACUGAUAUUUAUAAAGUUUUGCCUGCAUCAGAAGUAAAACGUGGAGAUACUAGGGAACCACAUUUUUAUGUGAGACUGGGAGCUUGUUACUUCAAGGCAGUACCUGAAGAUGAUACAGAGACAUCAGUGGAAGAGUCAACUAAAGAAGGCCCACGGCAGCAGCAGUCCAAUAAACGAGCUCUCCCAGAUGAUUUUUCUGACAAUACUGCAACAAAUAACCAAAGUGGUACUGGUAGUAAAAGGCAUUGUCAAGGACAUGAUGUUCCAAGAUCUGCUUCUGCUGCCAAUGUACAAGAGCAUACCAACAGACUUGAAUAUGCACGCAUCAGAAGCCCACUCUAUGUCAACGUAAGAGGAAGACGUUUCAGAAUUGUGGAUGUUAUGGGCUAUGGACCAUCAAGUGUUAUGUGCCGGACUAUAGAAAUGCAAGAACGGAAAAUGUAUGCACUAAAAUGUGUGUUGAUAUCAAACGAUGCUGAAAUAGCUUUAAACCAGCAGAAUGAAAUUGAUAUCUUGAAGCACUUGAAGACAUGUCCAAGAGCAGUUACCAUGUUUCAGUACAAGGAAUACCAGGCUGUACGGUCACUGUUCAUUCAGCUGGAAAUGGGAGAUGUGGACUUAGCACGACUAAUUGAAAGUGUCGAUGAUUUAAACAUGCAUGAUAUUUUGUAUUUUUGGAAUGAAAUGUUAACAACAGUCAAUGAAGUGCAUAAAUGCGGUGUUAUUCAUGGUGACUUAAAACCAUCAAAUUUUGUGUUCUUCCGUGGUGUAUUAAAGCUGACAGACUUUGUAUCAUCUUACAAAACUGUACUUCCAUGUGACAAAAUUCGGAGGACAAAGUAUCAUGGAGCAGUGAAUUACAUGAGCCCCGAAACAGCCCAACAUAACAUAUCUAGUUUCAAGAGUGAUGUCUGGAGUUUAGGGUGCAUAUUGUAUCACCUUCUGUACAAAGUUACACCAUUUGAACAUAUUAAAGAUCUUGAUCAGAAGAUAUCGGCUAUUAGUGACGCAGAUAUACCAAUAGAGUAUCCGUACAGGGCUGAUUGCCCUAGGGGUUUGACUGAGGUUUUACGCCAGUGUUUGAUACGGGCUGAAGAUGCAAGACCAUCUGUGGAAGAAAUUAUCAAUUAUCCAUGGCAGUGAAGGUAUCCUGGAGAGAAGAUUAAAGCUGCUUGCCUGCCCAUUUAAUGGACUGAGAUGUGUUAAUGGCAGCCUAAUACCUUUCAAAAAUCUAAAAACACACAAAACCGAGAAACAGAGAUGUAUAACUAUAAUUCAGUUAACAUUAUUAUGAAAAGGAGAGAAUGCUACUCACUGUAUAGAGGAGAUGAGGAGUCACACACUAUCCUUUUCAUAAUAUUGUUGUUUUUAUUAUUGUCCCCAGUAAAUUCAUUGUGAAAUAGGUAAUAAAUGCAGAUAUUCAGUCCUGGUGAUAUAGUUUGUUAUAAGCAGAAGCUACAAAGGAACUUAACUAAAAUUACAGGACUUAAAUAGCUCAUCAGUGUUAAACAAAUGACUGUAAAUUAAUGUAAUUCUCAUCAUUAUGCAUUGCAUUUAUUUCUGUAACGUAUUUGACAUGAAUAGGAAUGAAGACUAUCAAAUAUGAGUAAAUAUCACUAAAAUAUGGAAAAUACUAUCCCAUGAAAUGAGUGCAGUGAAGAAGUAUGUUUGUAUGUGUAAGGGAGAGGUUGAAACAAAAGGUUAUACAAAUUUAUAUUGAUGAACAAUCAUCUAGUGAAAAUUGUGGUGUUUUUGAGUGAUACUUUUGAUGUAUGCACAAAAUUUUAGCUCUCUCACGUCCUCAUCUUCAUCACAACUAUAUCAUUCUUUAGUGUUCCAGACAUCUUAUAAGUGUGUGUUUGUUCAUUGAGAUACAUUUUGACUAGUGAUAAUGCCGCAUGCAUGUGUAUGUGAUGUUUUAAAACCACAUGCUAUUGGAACACCAAGUUCUACACUCUCAUAAACAUAGCUUAUGUGAGACUAUUAACCACUUCCAACUAUUUUUUCUGAUCAUUUGUCUUGUUAUAAAACUAAAAGUUUAAACACUGUUGUGUGUUGUUUUUAUAUCUUUCAACAAAGGCAACAGAAUAUUAGCUCUGCUAAAACACUGUCAUUUUAUUUAGAAAUGAAUACUGUGUAACUACACAUAAACUCUAGACAGUGAUUAAAAAUAAUCCCAGGAAACGUAUGGUGGUAUCUUAUUGUUUUAAUAUUGACUAAGCAUCUUAUACUAAAUGUGUGGUGUGUGUGUGUGUGUGUGUGUGUGUGUGUGUGUGUGUGGGUGUGUGUGAGGGGGGGGGGGGGGUCAGAAGUAAAGGGAUAUAAGUACACUUCUUUUAGUUUUUGGAAAACUGGAGUUUAAGUUCACAAGAUUUUAGAAUUCCCUUGAACUUAAUUUUUGUUUUAUUUUAAUUUUUUAUACAAGACAUAAAAAUACUUUGUAGAAUUUUCUGUUUGCUUGCUGAAAUAACAGGUAAAUAUACAUGUUCAGUAUUAUGUUACAAUUUGUAAAAGUCUGUAUACACUUGUAUCCCUUUGCUUCCAGAAUAUUGUGAAUCAAAAAGAAUGUAAAUUAUGUUUUCUCUAUAAUGCUUUUGUUAUUGGUUGUUGUCAAUUCAGUUGUCAUAAAAUUGCUAUUUAAAGUUACAACAAAACAUUUAUGUAAUGUUACAUGAGCACCAUGCCUUUCAUUCAUUUUAAUAGUGAAAGAAAAUAGGAAAGAUUACUGUUUAAUAUGUUAUUCCAUUAUUGUAUAUUUUAUUGUCCCAUCUGGGUAACUUCCUUUUUCUUAUGUUUCAUAGAAAGGUUAUAUAAAUAUAUAAACACAUGGAAAUAACUGUUUUGUAACAUCUUGUUACUAGUUUUCUCUUUAUUUACAGUUUAGCAGUGCAGAGCAUUUUUUCACUUGUAUCCCUCUGUCACAAAAUGUUUACAUACUUUACCAAGCUCUAGAUGCACUAUGUCAUUUUUGUAGGAAAUGUUACUUGUUCCCCUUUGUUUCUGACACCCUCAAAUGCCUUCUUUGAGUGAAAACUUGGUGUUCUGAACACUGUGCUUUCUACACACUUGUGAAAACUUGGCAGAUAAAGUAAGACAACUGCUGCAUUUACCAAAGUUUCAAAUGUGACCACAUUGUUUAGAAGAACUGAAAAAUAACAACAGUUUUGUGAUGCAAGCAGUUUAUAGGGGUAAACUGCAAAUACCUCUCCCUUUCAAAAGACAUCAAGUAAUUGUCAUUCUUUUAUUUGGUGAAAAGUAGAAAAUUUGGGACAUGGGUUCAGUACAGGUCUUUACUACUUGUAGAGUGAGAGUAAAUAUAGCACCUAUAUUUGUGGAUUGUCUGCUGUUGAAUACGAUUGUGAAAGUGCUCAAAGGAAAGUCAUAUCAUUUGUAUUGUCCAGAGAGAAUAAUGCCUCAUUUGAUAAUUAAUAUGAGAGGAUAACAAUUUUACCAGAUGCUCUUAUGCAGUAUCAUUUGGCAGCUUGGUGUAUGCAUUUCUGAUUUACAUUCACUUGAUCUCUAUGGACCAGGAGUAACAUUACUUCUUAUGAUCAUAUUGUAAUCAAGUGAACUGUGUAACUGAAAAGUGUGUGUGUGUGUGUGUGUAUGUGUGUGUGUGUGUGUGUAAAUUACAAGUAGUACUGUGUAUAGUUCCUAGUUGUACUUUUAAGCUGUGUUGUUGUGCAUGAUAUAUGCUUAUAUUAUUGAAUUAUCAUUACUAAAUGUCAUAUACAAUGUUAAACAUUGAAUUUGUGUAUCAAGAUUUUUAUGUCAGUGUUUGUUGUGAUGAAAGCAACACUUAACUGCUGAACAAAUACAAUUUUUUGGCUUCAUGUUUUAUAAUUCCAGUUUUACCCUUAAAAGGGAGAACUGCUCCUGUUACUACUACUGCUGCUACUACUACUACUACUACUGAGCAUUAAUGAACUAUGUUGAAACAUGUGAUUUGUACAGUAUGUUAAUGUAAGAUGAGCUAAGUUAGGGGUGUCAUUGAAAGACAAUGAAAGCUGGCUACUAUCCCCUUGGGAACGACAGUAUGCUUUUUCUUGAGUAGGUUUGUCUAUACAAGUACGAGUAAAUAAUUUAUUUGCAUUUGCUGAGUUAUAACUGUUGUUACUAAGACUCUUGUUAUCAUAUAUUUCAGUUCACCAUCUCACUCUCUCUCUCUCUCUCUCUCUCUCUCUCUCUCUCCCUCCCUCCCUCCCUCCCUCCCUCCCUCUCUCUCUCUCUCUCUCCCUCCCUUCCUCUCUCUCUCAUUUUCAUGUUUUAACCAUAAAUUUUCAAGUAACUAUCUCUCUGUUCCUGUCCCUGCAUCACAGGAAAGACAAUUCAGUUGGCUCUAUUGAUAAGUAGAAGUUUUUCCCACUUCAGUAACCUACAGUUACAAGCCAUCAUCAUUUUUAAUUUCCGUAUGUAACUUCAAAAAUAGUGAGAAUUGUCUUGUGUCGUGGUUUCAGGUAUCAGAACAACUAUUAGUUUGGAUGGAUGUGUCAUAUUUUGAGUCUGACGUAAGGAUUGGAUUAGUUUACACAUCUAGCUGGAAAAUAACCACUAUGUACCUAAUGGGCACAGUUGUUCUGUGCACUCUGUUCAGCAUUUACUUUUUAACUUCCUGAUUUGUUAAGUUUUCCUUAAAAACAGAAAGAGUAAUACAGCAGAACAUUGUUGCUUUUCUGGAGCCACAAGGAAUUGUGCUUUUAACGAUCUGGUAAUUUGAGGAAGGCUCUGACUGAAAUGGAAAAAAGAAAUAAAAUGAUAUUUUGAAGAAAGGGAUCAUGGGGAGAAAGUAAUGAUAGUAAAAAAAGAAUGGAAACUCAGUCUUAUUUUCAGUUACAGAGAUACAGGCAAAUUAAGUGAAAUGGAUGUGCUCAUGAAAGGAUGACUGCAAAAUAUAGAUGUAGGUGUGGAAAAAUGUAGACCCUUUAUUUAAGCAUAGGGUGAAAUACAGUAGACAACAGAACGUGGAUGUUCAACAUACAGAAAAACUGAGAGGUGGGAGCCUAUUUGAUAAUGGAUGAGUUAUGUUGAAGAAAUCACUUUCAGUUCCAUAUCUUGCGUGAGAUAUUCACCUAUAGCUUCAGUUGUUUUCUUUAUUUGGUACCUACAACACUAGAUGAUGUGUGCUGUAUGAUUGGUAAUCAGAUUUCCCAUUUCCACAUUGAAAAAGUAUUGUUUGUUCAUAUACUCAAAAAGUUUAUUGAUAAUCUGAUCUAUUUAGAAGCUGGAACGAUGUAAUGGCAAUACACGAAAAGGAAUCUGAAGUUGUGAUAUUGACUAAGGAUGUGAACCACAAGUAAAAAGAUUAUGGAGGGGAAAAUUGUGUUCAUUAUGUGGCCAUUUGAAUAACAACCUGGAAGUUCAAGAUGCUGUAGUGUAAUUUUGUUUCAAGGAAAGUUUGUAUCUUUCAUGUAGUGAUUGUUGCCUGAGCUAAAUACUUAAGUAUAGGAUAAACUCAAGUCUCUUAGGUGCUGCUUGUCAUCACCUGAGACACUGUACGAGAUAGACUUUCCACAGUGGCAUUGUGGAAGUAAAAUAACUGACCUUUUAUGCUUUUAGAGUAUUUUAAAUUUGUAAUUGGACUUAUUAAAAAUGCUUCCACUCUUUCCCCUCCACUCAUCGGAACUCACAUUCCUUUUGUAUGAGAUGAUUCUUGUUAACUGCACAGCAUGAAAUUGUUUAUGUUGAGCAGUUUUUGUUGUAAAAUAAUAUUCACUGUUAUUGAGUGUUUUGUGUCUAUUAGAUAAUAUUUAGAUGUAGUAAAUGUAUUUACUCUAUGCUGUGGAAGACAUGUAGACAGUAUAUGCUUUUUCAUGUAAAAAUUAUUCCUCACUGAUGUUUAAAGCUUUUCCAAUGUACUGAUUGUUCCACAAAAACACGGGAGAAGUGCCGGAUGUCAGCAACGUCCUGCCACGAUAUUUCGGCGCAGAGUCUUCUGGUCAUCUUCAGGUGAGUACCGCUGUAGUAGUACUACUACAGUGGUACUCAUCUGAAGAUGGCCAGAAGACUCUGUGCUGAAAUAUCGUGGCAGGACUUUACUGACAUCCGGCAGUUCUCCCGUGUUUUUACGGAAUUAUUCCUCACUGUUGGCAUCGUUUAGCCUAUAUUCUUCUUUUGUGGUUCAGCAGCUCAUUGUAAGACUUGUCCUCUUCUACAAUUUUCCACCAGUUAUCUUAGAAUGUUGCUGGAUCUCUCCAAUUUCUGGAAACCAUUUUCCAGAGAUCUUCAAUGACUCCAUCCUCCCAUCAGAUUUUAGGCCAAUCUCGCACACCCUGUCCUCCUUGAUUUCCUCGUAAUACAUUUUUGGGUACUUCCGCAUCACUCAUCAAUGCUACAUUCCCCCAGCCCACCUCAAUCAGGAUGAUUUCACUAUUUUUCUGAUCGGUGGGUCUUUGUAAAUGUUGUACAGUUCAUGAUUGUAUCUUUUCCUCCACAGUCUUCUUUCACAAAUUGGGCUGAUGAUUCUUCAGACAAUCCUUCCAAAAGUUUGUAGAAUACCUCUGUCUCUUCUUCCUCAGAUUCUUCUGUUGAUGCAUGCGCAUUAAAUAUAGAAUAAUUCAAGAAUUUCCCUUUUAUCCUGAGUAUUGAUAAUUGUGGGCUAAUAUGUGUAAACCCAGUUACUGAGUGUUUAAAUUUGUGAUGUACCACAAACCCUGUGCCAACCUCGUGCUUACUCUCACUGCAGCUGUAAAAUAUAUUAGCUUCUCUCUUUUUUAGAAUCUGACUUUCUGACCACCUUACAUCUUGCAGCACUAUGAUACUCUGCUUCAGUGUGGUUGUUUGAUCCAGUAGCACUCACAAGCUCCUGGUCGGUACAUAGUUCUCACAUUCCAUUUCCAAUAUAUAAAUCUGACUUAUACUUUAUACCUAAAAACAAAGAUGAUGUGACUUACCAAAUGAAAGUGCUGGCAGGUCGACAGACACACAAACGAACACAAACAUACACACAAAAUUCAAGCUUUCGCAACAAACUGUUGCCUCAUCAGGAAAGAGGGAAGGAGAGGGAAAGACGAAAGGAUGUGGGUUUCAAGGGAGAGGGUAAGGAGUCAUUC